CCACUGCACCCCCUCUCCCCAGGGCCGCCCCCGCCGCUCUCCGCCAGCGACAUCGUCCAUCCCAUCAAGGUCGACGAGAGCGGAUCCUUCCUGUCCUACGACUUGUCCCACCGGGCCCUCCACCGGAGGUCUCCGGCCUCCAGGAGCAAACUUCCCGCCUUCUAUGAGCUGCAGUACCGAGGGCAACCCCUGAAAUUCAACCUGAGCCUCAACAGGCACCUCCUGGCUCCGGGGUUUGUCAGCGAGAGGCGCUUCGGGGGCAUCGCCGGUGCCAAGAUCCAGCCUCACUCCUACAACUCCUGCCACAUGAUCGGGGAGGUGCGGGGCCGGGCGCUGCAGCGGGGGCUGGCUGCCCUCAGCACCUGCGAUGGGCUGAAAGGCGUGUUCCAGCUGAUGAACGAGGACUAUUUCAUCGAGCCCGUGUCCAGCAGCCCUCGGGAGGAGGGGACAGCACAGCCCCACAGGAUCUACAAGCGCCAGGUGCCCAAGGACAGGGCGGAGCAGGGCAGGAGAGCCCCGGCCCCGCGGGAAUCCUGCGGCGUGCGAGAGUCCCGGGAAGGCCUGGAGCGGUCUGAGCGGCGCAGGGAGAGGUGGGAGCAGAGGCAGCAGAGGAGGAGAAGGAUCAAGCGGCGCUCCAUCAGCAGGGAGAAGUGGGUGGAGACGCUGGUGGUGGCAGACACCAAGAUGGUGGAGUUCCACGGCAGUGCCAACGUUGAGAAGUACGUGCUGACCGUCAUGAACAUGGUGGCCGGGCUGUUCCACCACGCCAGCAUCGGGAACCCCAUCAACAUCGCCAUAGUGCGGCUCAUCCUGCUGGAGCACGAGGAGGAGGACCUGAAGAUCUCCCACCACGCAGACAACACCUUGAAAAGCUUCUGCAAGUGGCAGAAGAGCAUCAACGUGAAGGGAGACUCGCACCCCCUGCACCACGACGUCGCCGUCCUGCUCACCAGGAAGGACAUCUGUGCAGCCAUGAACAGGCCCUGUGAGACCUUGGGGCUGUCCCACGUGGCCGGGAUGUGCCAACCCCACCGGAGCUGCAACAUCAACGAGGACACGGGGCUGCCCCUCGCCUUCACCGUGGCCCACGAGCUCGGACACAGUUUUGGGAUUCAGCAUGAUGGAAGCAGCAAUGACUGUGAGCCAGUUGGGAAAAGACCUUUCAUCAUGUCUCCACAGCUCCUGUAUGACACGUCCCCUCUCACCUGGUCCCGCUGCAGCCGCGAGUACAUCACACGCUUCCUCGACCGGGGCUGGGGGCUGUGCCUGGAUGACCCCCCGGCCCGGGAGGUGCUGGACUUUCCCCUGGUGCCCCCGGGUGUCCUGUACGACGUGGGCCACCAGUGCCGGCUGCAGUACGGCCCCUACUCCACCUUCUGCGACGACAUGGACAGUGUCUGCCACACGCUGUGGUGCUCGGUGGGGAACACGUGUCACUCCAAGCUGGAUGCGGCUGUGGAUGGCACAGCAUGCGGGGAGAGCAAGUGGUGCUUCAACGGCGAGUGCGUUCCCGUGGGAUUCCGGCCCGAGCCCAUCGACGGCGGCUGGAGCUCCUGGAGCUCCUGGGCCUCGUGCUCCCGCAGCUGUGGUGCAGGAGUGCAGAGCGCCGAGAGGCACUGCAGCCACCCCACGCCCAAGUACGGGGGCCGGUACUGCCUGGGGGAGCGGAAGCGGUUCCGGAUCUGCAACGUGCGGCGCUGUCCCCCGGACAAGCCCUCCUUCCGCCAGCUCCAGUGCAGCCAGUUCAACCCCAUGCUCUACAAAGGGAAGCUCUACAAGUGGACACCAGUGCCCAACAGCAUGAACCCCUGCGAGCUGCACUGCCGGCCCGAGCACGAGUACUUCGCGGAGAAGCUGCGGGACGCGGUGGUGGACGGGACACCCUGCUACGACAGCGACGCCAGCCGCGAUGUCUGCAUCAACGGCAUCUGCAAGAACGUGGGCUGUGACUAUGAGAUCGACUCGCACGCGGUGGAGGAUCGCUGCGGGGUCUGCCACGGGGACGGCUCCACCUGCCACACCGUGCACAAGACCUUCGAGGACAGCGAGGGGCUGGGUUAUGUUGACAUCGGGAUUAUCCCCGUGGGAGCGCGGGAGAUCCGGAUUGAAGAGGUGGCAGAAGCCGGGAAUUUCCUGGCGCUGCGGAGCGAGGACCCGGAGAGAUAUUUCCUGAAUGGUGGCUGGACCAUCCAGUGGAACGGGGACUACAGGGUGGCAGGGACCACCUUCACCUACAAGAGGACAGGGAACUGGGAGAACCUCACCUCUCCAGGGCCGACGGUGGAGCCCGUGUGGAUCCAGCUGCUGUUCCAGGAGACCAACCCCGGGGUGAGGUACCAGUACACGAUCCAGCGCCCGGCCGACAGCGAGAACGAGAUCGAGCAGCCCGAGUUCCUCUGGCGCUUUGGCUCCUGGAGCAGCUGCACGGCCACCUGCGGGACAGGGGUGCAGCGGCAGGCCGUGCACUGUGUGGAGAGGCUGGCAGGCCUGGUGGAGGAGCGGUUCUGCGAUGCCCUCACCCGCCCUGACGACCAGCAGCGCACCUGCAGCGAGGAGCCCUGCCCGGCCAGGUGGUGGGUGGGAGAGUGGCAGACGUGCUCGGCCACGUGUGGCCGCCCGGGGCUGAUGAAGAGGACGGUGCUGUGCAUCCAGAGCGUGGGGCUGGACGAGCAGAGGGCCCUGCAGCCAGAGCACUGCCAGCACCUGGCCAGGCCGGACAGCACCGCUCCCUGUCACCCACAGCUGCCCUGUCCCUCCCCCUGGGCUGUGGGAAACUGGUCUGAGUGCUCGGUGACCUGUGGGAACGGGACCCAGAGCCGCCCUGUCCACUGCAGCAACAGCACGGGGACCGCCUGUGACCCUGCCCAGAGACCCAGCCCGCACAGGGGCUGCUCCCUGCCACAGUGCCACAAGAAAUGGGACAGUGCCAACGCAGACUGGUCUGGCAGCGGCUCCUCCAGCAGGGAGAUAUUUAACGAAAUCCAUUACGUCCCCAGCAGCCGCAUUCCUAAAUUUAACCCCUUGAUCCCAAGCAUCCCCGAGUCCAACGAUGUCAAUGUGAUCACCGAGGAGGACUUCUCAGCCAGGAAAGGAAAUGUCUUCGUUGACGAUUUUUACUACGAUUACAACUUUAUCAACUUCCAUGAGGAUCUGUCUUACUAUCCCUUCACGGAGAAGGAGAGCAAAGGCGAGGAGCCAAAGGCCGAGCAGGGCACGGGUGGCACGGAGGGGCCCUGGGGGCUGCCCACCGAGGGACUGCUCACCCCCGAGCUGGGAGGAGAGAGCCGGGAGCCCCCCGGCACCGAGGAGAAUGUGCAUGAGCGAGAGACACAGCGCGGCCACCCAGCCACCAGGGACAGGCUGAGCGUGCUCCCCGAGGAUGUGGGACCAGCCACCCCCGGAUACAGCACCCCCGGCUUUUGGGGCGAGGAGGAGGAGGAGGAGGAGGAGGAGGAGGAGGAUGCGGUGCUCGUGCCCCGCUCUGAGCACCACCCGCCCAGCCAGAGCUCUGCAGACCCACCCUGGGAUGAGCCCCACGGGGCUGUGCCCACCCGGAGCAGCCUGGGGCGGGAUGCGGGUCCGGAGGUGUCCCCCGGGCCAGGAGCUCCGGGCAGCACAGAGGGACAUGGCCCAGCCAGGGCUGCAGGGAGCGGCCACCGGGACCCCGGGGACAGGGGUCUGGCCACCAGCAGCGACAGCAGUGGUGCAGCCCCGCAGCCCACGGAGCGGCACGGCUGGGCAGGAGUGCCCGGGGGGAUGCUGGACACGCAAUCCCCUGGGAUGCAGAGGGCACACCCUGCCUCGCCCACACCGCUGGGCUGGGGGGCGGCAGGGAGUGCUGGCAGCCCCCACCCUGCCGUGAGUCCCCCUCCUGCGGCUGCUGCUGGGGCUCCCGUGGGACACCAGCCAGGGCUGCACGCCCCCACAGCCCCAACCUCAGUGCCCUCGGUGGCCACAACAGCCCCUCCGGUGUCCUUGUCCCCUGCCACGCCCGAGCCACCCACCCAGCUCAGCUCCAGCGGCCUCACCCAGCAGGAUGCUCUGCUGCCAGCCCUGCCCACAGCCCCAGCUCAUGGCCCCCCUGCCCACGCAGCACGGUCACCCCUGGAAUGGGGGACACAGGGGGUGUCCCAGCACCUGGACCCGCCCCACACCGAGCUGACCUCCCAUGGGACCCUGCUCAGCCUCACUGCUGGGGCACCCUCACCAUGGACACCCCCAGGGACAUCACCAGGGGACCCCUCACCACGGACACCCCCAGGGACAUCACUGAGUGACUCCUCACCAUGGACACCCCCAGGGACAUCACUGAGUGACUCCUCACCAUGGACACCCCCAGGGACAUCACCGAGUGACCCGUCACCAUGGACACCCCCAGGGACAUCACCGAGUGACUCCUCACCAUGGACACCCCCAGGGACAUCUGCCUCUGGGGAUGGGGGACACGAAUUGUCCCAGGCCACCCCUUGGCCCCCCCAGCUGUGGGAGAAGAGGCUGGAGGAGGAGGAGGAGGAGGAGGAGGAGGCUGUGCUUCCACCAUCGGCCGCCGCAGCAGCCACUGCCAAGCCCAGCUGGGAGGUCGGGAACUGGAGUGAGUGCUCGGCCACGUGCGGUGUGGGUGCGGUGUGGAGGCCGGUGCGCUGCAGCAGCGGGGCUGAGAGCGGCUGUGCCGCGGCCGACAGACCCGUUCCUGCCCGGAGGUGCUCCCUGAGACCCUGCUCGGCCUGGCGUGUGGGCAACUGGAGCAAGUGCUCCAGGAGCUGCGGCGGGGGCACCAAGGUGCGGGAUGUUCACUGCAUCGACACCCGGGACCGGCGGCUGCUGCGGCCCUUCCACUGCCGGGCUGCGCUGCCGCAGCCGCCGGCACAGCUGCCGUGCCGGAGCGCACCGUGCCUGGCCUGGUACACAUCCUCCUGGAGAGAGUGCUCGGCUCCGUGCGGAGGGGGCAUCCAGCGGCGGCAGGUGAAGUGCAUGGACACCAGGACGGGGGUGGCCGAGGAGGACAGCAGCCUGUGUGACCACGAGCCCUGGCCAGACAGCACCCAGAAGUGCAACCCCCAGGACUGUGACAGCUCCGAGCCGGGUGCGCCCUGCGAGCGCGACCGCCUGAGCUUCGCCUUCUGCCGGACGCUGCGGCUGCUGGGCCGGUGCCAGCUGCCCACGGUGAGCGCCCAGUGCUGCCACAGCUGCCACCAGCACGGGCUGCUGGCCCCCGGCCGCGGCCACCAGCGGCUCUCCCGGAGGUGACAGCGCUGGCCCAGCUCGGGGCUCCUCGGGGCCAGCCCCGGCUCCCAGGCCCUGCUGCUCUCUCCCGGUGCUCAACCAGCGGCGGGGCUGGGCUGCGGCUCCCGCUGCUCCCCACGCUCCUGUGCGGUCACACAGGGGAAAGGGCAGCUGGAAGCAGCAAGAAUUCGGGGAACGGCUCCCAGAAACGCUUAUGGUGCUAUCAUUCGACAUGUGCAGCCUCUCGGAGGUGUUGGCUGGCCAGCACAAACCUUGACUUUUAUUAUUUUUUUGUAUUUCUGAGGUGAGCAUCCAGCAUUCCACCGGCUCUGCCGACCCUUUGGGGUAGGGAUUUGUGGGGUUUUUUUUUUAUUCUUGAAGGGAUUUUUUAUCCUUGAAGCUGGCAACCCAUUCCUGCCAUUUUCAUUAAAAUGUUUACGCACUGAAGCUGAACAGAUUUAAUUUAAGAAGUGGAGACAGGGCAGAGGAAUAAAGUUUCAGCUUCAGUUGGGGCGUGCAGGGCUCCUACCCUGUCUCCCCACUGCUGUGUCCCCCUGGAGCAGAGGGCACCACAGGGAUGCCGAGGUUUGGAGGCCACCAGCUGAUUCCCUUGUGUGCAUUUGGGCAGGAGAGGGAAGCUGUGGCACAUCCCCUCCCUGCUGGGAGCCAAGCGCUCAGCCCCUGCUGAAAUCCACAUUUCUGGAUGUGUAGCACUGUAAUGCUUGGUUAAGAUGUUUUUCUGUGCCCCUACAGGCUGAACCCUUUUUUUUUUCCCUGCUUAUCUAGAUUCUCCUCUGUUAAGGUUAGCUGAUUUUUAACUAGAAUAUCCAAUUUCCUCUGAGGCCCAGCCCCUGCCGCCGGCUCGCGGAGCGCUGUGGGAAUGAAUCCCUGCCCGUCCCAGGGCGGGUUUGCUGGCAGGUUGGUCUCUGGAGGAGGGCAGGAGUGUUUAGGUAGGAAUUCCUCUCCCUAUUCAGGCUGUGGAGGAUGCCCCAGAGCUGGGGGACCUUGAAGGGCCAUGCUGCCUGUGCUGGGCAGUCAGGCUGGAGCCCAUCCCGGCCUGCAGAGCUCCAGGUGCAUCCAGGGCUGUCGGGAGCAGCUCUCAGUGCAAGGGGGAAACUCCUGUGUGUGAUUUGUAUGUAAAACACAAGCCAUGACUUCACCAUUUGUGCUUUAUUCCGUUCCAAGGUGGUGGUGUCAGUUUUUAUGGUCCAAGAAGCCGUGUCCAGUCCUGGUUUCCCUGUCCCCAGCCUGUCUCCCUCCCAGGACUGCAAAGGGCCAGCCCUUGUGCUGGGCUCUCACGGCUCACGAGUGUGUUAAAUUAAACAGUUACUGAAGGAAACAGGUGGGUUUCACAUUUUCUCUUCCCCAUGGGGAAUGCUGAAGGUUUUCAGUUAAUUGGAGAUGGUUCAGGCGCUGGCAGCAGGAAGGAACCAUCAGUUUGCACACGAAAAUCAUUCACAGCUGCCGUUUGCAACUGGGAUUUGCUGAUUAAAACAUGAGCCGGGUUGAUGGGGUAAAUCAGGUCUGCAAAUCAAUUUAUUUGUGGCACAGGAUCUGGUGAGCCUCUCCUGCAGGGCCUUUCCACGUGCAGGGUCCCAUCUGUGCCCGGCUGAGGGCACGGGAUAAUCCCUCCUGUGGGACACCAGGCUGUUCCUGGCCACAUAACGAGCCAGGCCUCCCACCAGCACAGAAACUGCUUCAUCAGUGACAAUAAAACACAUCUGGCUUAAA